UACGAGAGUUUCGCCAUUGGUAGUGCUCAGGAUAAAUAUGAGUUAAUUGCGCUUGGGCAAUAUUCAGGCACCGCCGGUGACUCCUUCUCUACCCAUCGCGGGGAAAAAUUCACAACUAAAGAUAGUCAUAAUGACAAGAAUAGUGAUAACUGCGCAAUACUAUAUACCGGAGCUUGGUGGUAUCAAAAAUGUCAUGUCAGCAAUCUAAACGGUAGGUAUUUAGGAGGA